AAUAUGGAAAGUGGUUUUCAGUUGACUUGAGUGCCUCGUGGCUGACGGAUUAAACUAGAAAAGUAGUUGUCGGAGUCGCAGUUGCGGUGAUUUAAUCCCCCAGAUCGAGCCUGCCAUUUGAAACAUUCGAUUCAUAAGACGAUCGCAUUACCAUGAACGAAUUGCGCCAGGGAGAUGUAGAUGCUGAGCCGGAGGAGUACCAGGCGUUGCGCAAUGGGAAGACGCCGCAAAUUGUUGCCGGACUGGAUAGGCCCUUGGAGAGGAAGCCCUUGGGCGAGCAGACGCGGGCAGUGCGCCGCCAGGCCUGGAUGGUUAUACUGGCCAAUGUGGGUGUAUUGUCGACGGGCAUAGCCCUGGCUAUGCCCACAGUGACGCUGAAUCAGCUGACCAGCGCCACCGAGCCCGUUCACUUGACCCAAUCGCAGGGAUCGUGGUUUGCCUCGCUGCAAUCGCUUUCCACGCCGCUGGGCGGUCUCUUAUCUGCCAUGUUGCUGGACAAGAUCGGACGUGUUAAGACGCUAUAUGUUCUCAAUAUUACCGCCUUGGUGGCCUGGGCAUUGCUGGCUCUGGCGCCACAGGAAGACGAGCAACUUUUCUGCACACAGCUUUUGGCAUCGCGGUUUAUUUCGGGCAUUGCGAUGGGCUUGGCCACAGCUCCCGUCGGCGUUUAUGGAGCCGAGAUCAGUCUGCCGAAGCUGCGCGGCAAACUUAUUCUGGGCUCCUCGAUAUCGGUGGCAGCGGGUAUAACUCUGCUCUAUAUUGUCGGCUAUUUUAUACGCAACGACUUUCGCCUGAUCGGUCUCAUUUGCUGCGGCUAUCAGAUUGCCUCGCUCCUAUGUGUUCUACCUCUGCCCGAGACCUACAGCUGGCUUCUGUCCAAGCGCCGAGUGGAGAAGGCCAAGGAGUCGCUCAACUAUUUUCGUGGGCUGGACAAAUCACCACAUAUCACGCAUCCGGAGCUGCUGGAGGAGUUCAAUGUGCUGCAGAAAUCCAUGCAGUUGCACCAGGGUGAGAAGAAGCCCUCGUUCAUUAAGUGUUUGCGCCUGCCCGAGGUGUACAAGCCGCUGCUCAUUUUGAUGGGUCUGUUCGCCUUCCAGCAGCUCACCGGCAUAUUCAUCAUAAUUGUGUACGCCGUGCAGAUAUCCAUGGAGGCGGGUGUCACGAUAGAUCCGUUCCUUUGCGCAGUACUCAUUGGUGCUUCGCGUGUAAUUAUGACCUGCCCCAUGGGCGCAAUUCUGGAGAAGUGGGGACGCAGGCGGGCGGGUAUUAUCUCGGGUCUUAGCAUGUGUGUCUGCAUGCUACUAUUGGCCGGCCAUGGCAGGAUCGAUUGGCUGGCCAAGGUGCCCUACUUGGUGGUCAUCUGCAUAGUGGGCUUCAUAGUUGUCAGCACACUAGGCUUGUACACCCUGCCAUUUUUUAUGCUCUCCGAGCUGUUUCCGCAGAAGGUGCGCGGCCCAGCCUCAGGUCUUACUGUGGCCGUGGGCAUGUUCAUAUCGUUUGUGUGCAUUAAAAUGUAUCCCAGGAUGAACGCGGGCAUUGGCACCAGCAAUUGCUUCCUGGUCUUUGCGGCCAUGUCCUUGCUGGCGGCGAUAUUCGUUUAUUUCGCCUUGCCCGAGACACGCGGACGUACCUUGCUUGAAAUCGAAGAGCAAUUCCGCAGCGGCAGGAUAAGAAGAAAGAAGCCCGCCGAUGUGGAGAUGCAGGAGGUGUUUGUGCGCUGAGUGGCGAGAAUGAGAAUACAAGUGCUGUGAUAAUCGAGAACUCAACUAAAACUGCUUUCCCACAAAUUAAGUUCGCCAUAUGAAACAUUAUAUUUAGAUUUCGUAUUUCGAUUCCAACACAAGACAAUGUGUGUAGUGCGAGCCAGUUUCUAGUUUUUCACACUCUUUUUCUGUUUUGUCGCGCUAAUUGAAAAGUCAUAAUCAAUCAAGGCACGCGACAGCCUCAAUAAAUAUGUCAGCCAGUGAUUGAAGAAAUGGUUUGCUAAUUUUUGAUCCAAACUAGUGAAAAAAGUCUCACAAAGUCGAUCAAAUUUUGAUCAAAUUUAGGGCACAACAGAUGCAUGGCUCUGGGACAAUGGCUUGUCUGUUGAUUAGACCGAUAUCGAUAUCAUAUUUAUGAAUAGCUUUAAUCAUUCAAAGGAUAGUAAUAUUUUUAUAAAACGAAUGAGAUCAAGCUGCAUUUUAAAAUAAAUAAAAUAUUUAUUUUGGUGCCGCUUUUAUUGCAAGUAAAUUUCAUCCUAGAAAUGUUGAAACUAGAAUAAUCGAAAACGUGGAAAGAUCAGUACUUUUAAUCAAAAUUAUAAAAAUUAUUCGACUAGAAUAAGAUAUUUUACAUAUUUGAACGAAUUGUUGAAAAACAGCUCAGUAUGUGCGGAGAAACAAUUUAAAAACAAAUCAAUUCAAAAUUCCAUUACAAUGAUAAAAGAAACAUUCUGAACUGCUACGAUUUUUUCAAUGUUCAAAGAUCAGAAUGAAAAUAAUGUUGAAAAUAAUUGCUAAAGGUAAAAAGGCCCACGUAAAUGUGGCAAUAAAAUCUGUUUCGUGACUGUGCGUGACGCAUUUUUUUCACGCGCGCAGCUACAAGUAUACUCCAAAUCACACACGUACUUACAUAUAUGUAUGUACUAUAUAUUGCCACCACUAUGAUCGAAAAACUGAAAUCUGCAUUUGAAUAUUAAUGUUUACUUUGCACUUUAAUUAAAUGAAAUGCAAAUCAGGCCUAGAAAGCAUGACUCUUAUAUUUGGAGCUAAAAAUAUUUGGUAUUUAUUAUAGAAAUUAAAUUUGAUUUCUGUUAAUUGUUGCGCCAUGAAGCAAAUAUAAUUAUAAAUAAAAACAAACGUACAAAUA